GACAUACAUGACAUAAUGGAUUCCCUGUGACAAGCUUACAUGACGUGUAUAAUGCUUAGGAUUCAUUUGAAAUAUCUGUCAAUUUAGUUUCAAAAAGAUUCUUAAACUAUUUCCAGGCGAUUGUGCAUUUUAGAUAAAACAGAGUAAAGUAAACAUGAAAUAUACCAAGCGACCCAUGACGACAUAAAGAAGUGUUGUGAAUGAUUUACAGGUUCUGAGGAUUUCAGGGAUCAUACGGAUCACUGGCAUUGUACUAUUGAUUAUGCCAUUAUUGUCAUGAAUGUGUUUACUAAUUAAGGAUUACAUUUACAUUCAUUCGGAAUAUAUAAAUAGUUUUUCUUCAGUUUGUCUAUUGUUAAAUCAUUUAAUUGACCACUUGAAGGACACGAAAGGAACGUGCUGGUAACCAUGGAAAUGUUGGCAAUCUGUCUGCUAUGCUUCAUCGGUAGCACCAUAGCAACCCGUGAAGGAACUGCCUCUAUUCUUACAGCUAAGUGUGACGAGGAAUACCAAGCAGCGACACAGGACAUCCUUGCAAUGGCAGAUGCCGCCCGAGAGAGAGUAAAUGAGGAAUUGGGAGGUCCUACUAAAAUGUUCCUUGGCAAAGUAUUCCUACAACGACAAGAAGGUGGCGCCACACUAACUGUGAUUAAGAUUAAAAUCCGCCAUGGUCCACCAAGAGACAACACUGGGAGAUAUAUACAUCUCUACCUUCUCGACGGUGGUUUUCUGGAUGUGCAAGUCGGUAAAAAACGAAAGGAUUGCUUCGGUGAUAUUAAUAUCGGUCUCCCAGAUGAACCGAGCAAUGAUGAAGUCAAGCCAAUCUUUGUGGAAGUAAUUAAUGAGAUUUGUGGGAACGGACUUGACCCAGUUGAGUACAAACUUGUUCAAGAUGAUGAGGACGUUCUGGCAAUAGCUAAAAUGGCAAGGCCAAGCUAUGAAGAGGAAUACGGGGAACAAGCCAAGUGGGACUCCAGUGUUUACAUCCAGUCAGGAAUGGAUUACGCCAUAAAGAUCAGAGUUAGGAAAAUGAAAAGAGACGAGAAAGGCUUCAUUCACAUAUUUGUAAACUCUAAUGGUGAUUUCGUCAGACGUCAGGAAGAAGAAGAUGGAAGUCCAUACUUUGGUAGAAAGGCCUGUAUCGAAAUACCACCACCAAGGGAUGCCCCUGAAUUAGGAGAACAAAAGUUUGCAAUUGAAAUGACGGAACGUUGUGAUAGACAAUACUUCAAAGUUGUUGGAGAACUCUGGGACAACAUCAAAGCGAUAAAGGAAACAAUAGCAGCAGAUUUGGGAAGUCCAAAUACCAAAUUCCAGCCUCGUAUAUACAUCCAAGAGGGAGACGACAUAUUCAUGAAGAUACGCGUAUUAGGAUUCGCGGAUGAUGGCCCAAGGUAUAUACACGUACAUUUAAAUGCUGCAGGUGAAUACGUAGGAUUGGAAGAUGGGAAAAAUAGAAAAACAUGCAUAGAGGCUUUCUAAUGAUGUCUUACAAAAAAUAAAGGAUAAUACCUCAAAUCGAUUUAUUAAUAAAACCUUCAACAUUAUUCCAACACAAGUAUAUAGCUUCACAGUAAACAUGACAGCACUGUCUAAUUAAUAAAACAGGAGAUACUUUUUAUUUACUAUGUUGUACUCUAAACGAUAAAGUUAUGUAGAUUAAACGCCAUAGUGUUUUACGACUGUCAUAGAAUUUAAAUGAUUGACAAUUAUCAGUAUAUGAAUUUGUACUUUAAUGAAUGAUAUAUCCUUAAAUAAAUACAAAUUAUAAUACUUUAACGUCAAUCUUAACAAUACUGACGUGGAUAUCCAGAGGACCUAUCUGGGCUUCUAAGUAGCCUAUUGCUCGCGAUCGAGUGGAAUCGGAGUCCCCCAGUAUUCCAACAUACUCCAUUCAACAACUUCCAUAUAACAUUUGAUCUGCUAUCUUAAUUGAUUAAAUCAAUCAGCUAAUUGAAUAUGUAUUAUAUUAUUCUUAUGAUAAACCAACCUUCAUAUGGCUUGUGGUGCAUGAUGG